AUCCGUCCCAGGGAACACGUUCACCUUCAUCCAACUCACAGCCCUAUUAAUUACUUGAUCCAGUUCAGGAACUGCCACCUACCCCCCUACGCGACACAACCUUUCCACCACAGAUUAGGGCUCUCGAACCCGAGCGACAAAUCGAGUUCAUCUACGCGACCAUCGUCAGCUAUAUCCGCGCCUCGAGUUCCUUCAAAAGACACGACCGUAAAUAUGUCCAGCACCGCCGUCAUCAACACCGACGACGCAAUGGAGCCGACGCUCCAGUCGAUCCUGGACCAGAAGACGCUGCGGUGGAUUUUCGUUGGCGGCAAGGGUGGUGUCGGCAAGACGACGACGUCGUGCUCGCUGGCGAUCCAGCUGGCGAAGCACCGCAAGAGCGUGUUACUCAUCUCGACGGACCCGGCGCACAACCUCAGCGACGCGUUCAACCAGAAGUUUGGCAAGGAUGCGCGGCUGGUGGAGGGCUUCAGCAACCUGAGCGCCAUGGAGAUCGACCCGAACGGCAGCAUCCAGGACUUGCUUGCGGCGGGGGGUGACAGCGCGGAGGAGGCGAUGUCGGGCAUGGGCGGCAUGGGCAACAUGAUGCAGGAUUUGGCAUUCAGCAUACCCGGAGUGGACGAGGCCAUGUCGUUUGCCGAAGUGCUGAAGCAGGUCAAGUCGCUCUCGUACGAGGUCAUCAUCUUCGACACGGCGCCGACGGGGCACACGCUGCGGUUCCUGCAGUUCCCGACGGUGAUGGAGAAGGCGCUGGGCAAGCUGUCGCAGCUAUCGUCGCAGUUCGGGCCCAUGCUGAACAGCGUGCUGGGAGCGCGGGGCGGGCUGCCCGGCGGGCAGAACCUCGACGAGCUGAUGAGCAAGAUGGAGUCGCUGCGCGAGACCAUCGCCGAGGUCAACACGCAGUUCAAGAACGCCGACAUGACGACGUUUGUCUGCGUGUGCAUCCCCGAGUUCUUGUCGCUCUACGAGACGGAGCGCAUGAUCCAGGAGCUGGGCUCCUACGAAAUCGACACCCACGCUAUUGUCGUUAACCAGCUGCUCUUCCCCAAGAACGACAACCCCUGCGAGCAGUGCAAUGCUAGGCGCAAGAUGCAGAAGAAGUAUCUGGACCAGAUCGAGGAGCUGUAUGACGAGUUCAACGUGGUGAAGAUGCCGCUGCUAGUGGAGGAGGUCAGAGGCAAGGAUAAGUUGGAGAAGUUCAGCGAGAUGCUGGUGAAGCCGUACCAGCCUCCCCAGUAGGCGCGGCGUCGGGAUAUCACAGAGGAGGCAGGAGUUUACAGAAGCUACGCGGGGGAGGACGGCGUUGCAGACGGUUCUCAGAGAGCAUAGCGUGCAGAUACUCUACAUGAUACGUAAUUUUUCGAAGCAAUCUCGACCACACGCGGAAGUCAACGGAUAUGGCAGCAGCAGCAGCAGCAGGCGCGCAAGCAGGCAUCUCGGCAAUGCCAUCGUCGUCUUCUUCCGCCAAUUUCGU